GGUUAUGGUAAUCCGUCUGCGGCGGCGUCGUUUCCUUUUCAUUUCAAGCUGUUGUUGAGGUUUGCGUUUGGCAAAUGUCAGGUAACAAAAUACUGAAUUUCUACCUAAAUUAGUGCUCUUUACUACCUGAAAUUAUUAUUUAAACCCUCUCCGGACCUUUUCCAUUCAGUUCACAUUGAUUUUUGGUCUAGUAAACUUGCUAAAACCAGUUUAAUUUCAUAAAGUCUAAAAGCUAACCUCUCCAAGUGCUGUAGGUGGCAUUUUUGGAGGCAAAGUUUUUGUUUGGCUGUAAUUUUUGCUUAAAUCAUCAUGAGUUCGCGUGUAUAUGUUGGCGGAAUUCCUUACGAGACCAGAGAAAGAGACUUGGAAAACUUUUUCAGAGGUUUUGGCAGGAUCCGAGAUGUUCUCAUUAAAAAUGGGAGGUACGGUUUUGUCGAAUUUGACGACUAUAGAGAUGCAGAAGACGCGGUCUACGAAUUGCACGGCAAAAAACUAUUGGGCAUGCGAGUGAGCGUUGAAAUGGCUAGGGGAAGACCCCGUGGACGUGACCAAGAAUGGUUCUCUAGCAGAGACCAUCGUCCCAGGCAGGGCCCCCCUGUGCGCACCAAUUACAGAGUCUUUGUUGAGAAUCUGUCCUCCGGUGUCUCUUGGCAAGACCUGAAGGACUAUCUAAGACCCGCUGGCGAAGUAACUUUUGCUGAUGCCCACAAGAAGUACAAAAACGAAGGAAUCGUCGAGUUUGCCAACUAUGAUGAUAUGAAAAAUGCUAUUCGUAAAUUUGAUGAUACUGUGUUGAAUGGAAGACGAGCCGUUCUAGGAGCAGGAGCUCAAGCGCUGACAGCAGGAAGAAGGAACGAUCCAGGUCUAGAUCUCGCUCUGGAAAGAAGGAGAAGAAAGCUUCCUCUCGCUCCAGGUCUCGUGAUCGUUCUCUGUCACGUCACUCUGCAGAGUCUCGUCACGGCUCUAAACAUCGCAGCCGUUCUGUAUCCAAAAGGAAGUCAAUCAAGAGGAGCAGGUCCAGGAGUGGCAGCGCUUCACCUGACAAAAGAUUCAAGGACAAAUCUGUUUCUCGUUCCCGCUCCAGAUCCCGUUCUAAGCGCCAAUCCAGGUCCCCCAAGCGCCAGUCCAGAUCGCCGAAACGCGAUUCCAGAUCGCCGAAACGAGAAUCCAGAUCUCGUUCCAAGUCCAGGUCGCGUUCCAAGAGCGUCGACCACAAAAAGGGAUCCAGGAGCCGUAGCCGAUCCCGCUCUUAAAGUAACCACUGUUUCCCAAGAAAGUAGUUUGUAUCAUUUUAGAAAUAGUUAUUGUGCUUUAUUUUUUCUUCAAAGGGCAUGUGGUUUCUGACAAUUGUAACUACAUAUUUCAUGCUAAAUUACAUUUCAAUAGUACAAAAUUUUUGAUUCCUGGGUUUUGAUUGCAUUUUCGUAUUCAUUUCAAAACCCACUUUGUCUAUUCCAUAUUAAAUUUAAUACCCUUGGUACUAAUUUCUUUAGAUGAUAGUUAUUUGACUUAAUUUUUUUAUGGCGAUUCUAAGCAUUUUAGAAGGGAAAUUGUUUUACUUAAAUUAGCAAAAAUCUUUUCAUUUAGUCCAUAACUGAUACUCAAAGCUUUUCAUAAAGAUUAUCUAUGCUUUCGCCAAAGAAUUAUAUUUUUAUUAUUGGUACCUUUGUCUUUAUAAAUUAUAUUUUUCUAAAUUCUUCUUCCAUCUUGUUGGAUCUUAAGUUUCGAAUAAUAUGUUUAAGCUUAGUUAUCCAGAUUUGAGUCUUGGGGACUAAGUAAACAUAUUUUCUUAUAAAUGAACUUAAAUUCGAAAUUUAACAUCCACUUUGAAUUUACAUACAUGUUUUGUCAGUUGCAGAAUUACAUAUUAUAUCCAUCAAUUUUGUAAUUCAAAUUAAUUACGCCCUUAUAGAUACUUAGUAGUUGUAAAAGUUACUUUAUCAAUUUAACAUAAUCUAUAUUUUUUGAUGGUAGUCAUCAGGGGCACGCAAUGGUCAACCAACCAUGUAAGCAAAAAAUGGGAGCCCCACUCACUUUAAUGUCCUGACCUGUAUAGUGGAGUCAGCCCACCAUUUUUAGCGACAGCUAGAAAUAAUAAUGUAAGUUUAGUUCUUUAGGGAUGUUCAAAAUGAUUUGAUUAUUAUUGUAAUAAAGGCUCAAGUCAUCUUGUAA